UUUGGCUACUACUCCCUGUAUAUUCAAUCUGAAUUAUGUUCUUUUGUUUAAUAAAGAAAGAAAAUAGAGAUAAAAUAACAUGACACCAUGGGUUAAUGCUUUUCCUCCCGUCUUCCCCAUUAUUAUUUUUUUUGGAGUCACCACCAGCCACCACCACUGGUGUUGUGUGGGAGUCUGUGGUGGGAAGGGUCUGCCCACAUCCCCCCUAAAGCUCCAGGCCGCCCCUGGACCACCACGGACCAUUCAGACGGGAUUAAAAUCACUGCCGAUAUCAGCAGCAGCAGCAGUCGCCUGUUCUAAUCUAACAACCAUUGGAUGCUGCUGCGUUUAUUCCUGAAAGCUGCAGCCAGAUCCAGCUCCGCGUGAAAGCCGCGUCGUCCGCCUGCCAGCGACACCGACCGUCGGAGCAGACAGACAGGCGUCUCAUCCGGACAUUUCCUCCUCAGUCAGUCAGUCAGUGGUUCAUCCACACAGACACAGAUCCUCCUGUUAGUGAUCUGCUGGCCCGCUGACGGGCUGCGGGACAGGAUGAGGACAGGAUGAGGACCGGCCUCGGUGUCAUCCCGCAGCCCUGCCGGGAUCCCGGGGCUUUUCUGGCCUCUUAGCUAGCUAACGCAUUCCCCUUUCCUGACCAGGAGGAGCCCUGGGGGGAUUUGUUUGGAGCAUGCUAAAGGAUUUGAUCAAACAUGAGGUUUCUCUGGGCUGGACUGGAACAAUGCGAAAGGACCGACAGGGUUUCCAUAAAGCGCUCGCAGGAGGAGGAGAUGCUGCUGCUGCUCCACAGGGCGUCUGCUGCUGCUGGCUGUCAGCUCCGACAGCUAAACAUGAGUCUACUAAUGACACUAGUGUAGGAUCCUUCUGCGGGGUUUUAUAAUAUACCAAGGUCUGGAGAUAUCUGAAUGGUGAUGAACCCACAUCCUCGGACUGGGGAUUUACUGGAGAGCUUCUUUAGACAAAACGGAGACAUGACAUGCACAAGAAAAAAGAGGAAACGCAGCUUUGUGGGUCUUUAAAAUCUUUGUUUUUUUAAAAAGGCAACAGGCUUCCCCACUAAAACACCUUAGAUUGACACAGUUUGUCAAUAAUCAGCUGCUGCUGCUGCCUUUUCUUAUUUACCACAUUGAUCUCCAGCUAUUAUUCCAUAUUUAUUCUGUGUGUGGAACAGAAACAGGUGCAUCAUCUCUGUAUGGCAUCACAUUGAAUGUGGACUGCAACAGACAGACGGCCUGUCAUCAUAGUGUGGUGGAGGACAAGCAGCCCACAGAGCAGGCUCCUGGAGAGGAUCAGGAGGUGAGACGACAUAAUACACCAAAAAAGGGACCCUGCUUGAAAUGGAGCGAUGUGGAUUGAAGUGUUCCUGUUCCUUGUGAACUGUGGAAAGGAGGCAACCACGAGGACGAAGGAACAACCAGCAGACGGAGGAGGCGGUGGAGGAGUGGUGGUGGCUUUGGUGUUUGGGAAUAAGGUGGUGUGUGGGGGGGUAUUGGGGAUGUCGAAUAGAAACGAGAGCAGCGAAGGGCCUGCUGGGCCCAUGGCGGCAGUGGUGGCAACCGCGGGAGGUAUGGUAGCAGAGAGUCCGUCCUCGGCCGUCUCUACCUAUAUCAAACUGGUGCUACUAGGUCUGAUCAUCUGCAUCAGCCUGGUGGGCAACCUGGUGGUGUCUCUGCUCGUAUUGCGGGACCGGGCCCUGCACAAGGCACCUUACUACUUCCUGCUGGACCUGUGCCUGGCAGACACCAUUCGCUCAGCCAUCUGCUUCCCGUUUGUGCUGGUGUCUAUAAAGAACGGCUCGGCCUGGACCUACAGCGUGCUGAGUUGCAAGGUGGUGGCCUUCAUGGCAGUGCUCUUCUGCUUCCACGCCGCCUUCAUGCUGUUCUGCAUAAGCGUAACGCGCUACAUGGCCAUCGCACACCAUCGCUUUUACUCGAAGCGCAUGACAUUCUGGACAUGCGUGGCAGUGGUGUGCAUGGUGUGGACACUGUCUGUGGCGAUGGCUUUCCCGCCAGUUUUCGACGUAGGCACCUACAAAUUCAUUCGCGAGGAGGACCAGUGCAUCUUUGAGCAUCGCUAUUUCAAGGCCAACGACACGCUAGGCUUCAUGCUAAUGCUGGCUGUGCUCAUUCUAGCCACACACGUCGUCUACAUGAAGUUACUCCUCUUUGAGUACAAGCACCGCAAGAUGAAGCCGGUCCAGAUGGUGCCGGCCAUCAGUCAGAACUGGACCUUCCACGGGCCGGGGGCUACUGGCCAAGCGGCAGCCAACUGGAUUGCGGGCUUCGGCAGGGGCCCGAUGCCGCCAACUCUGCUGGGAAUCCGGCAGAACUUGCACAACCAGAACCGGCGCCUGUUGGGCAUGGAGGAGUUCAAAGCGGAGAAGCAGCUUGGCAGGAUGUUCUACGUGAUCACCCUGCUGUUCCUGGUGCUGUGGUCUCCCUACAUAGUGGCUUGCUAUUGGAGGGUGUUUGUCAAGGCUUGCACAAUACCACACCGGUACCUCUCCACCACCGUGUGGAUGAGUUUCGCCCAAGCCGGGGUCAACCCUAUUGUCUGUUUCUUCCUUAACAAAGACUUGAAGAAAGGGCUCCUUUCCCACCUACCAGCCUGCUGCAGGACUAAACCUCAUCUGCCACGAGAGCCUUAUUGUGUCAUGUAAGCAGAGAUGAUGAUCUAAACAUGGAGAAAAAAAAACAAGGGGCGGCCAACAGAUGUGUGUCGUGGGAGUGUUUGCUUGAGCUAUUGUGGCGUUUUAUUCAAUGCAAGCUACUUUUAAGCAGUGGGUGCAAACUAGUGAGUGUAAUGGUGGAAACACUGGAAUGGUAAGCAUGUAUUUCCAUCUACCAACCCUUUUUCACUCAAACCAACAGCAUACACGGAGUCAGACCUUGGCUUUUGAUAAAAAGAGAAAAAUACUUUAAUGCAAGUAAUAAUGCAGUCAUUGUGGAAACCAAGCCAGAAAAACAGCCACCAACAAAUUACAUAAACUGCUUCAUAAAGAAUGUCAAAAUGCCCAAUAUUUGAAAAGUCUUGGAUUGACACAAAAGGAUAUUUGAGUUGGUUUGGUGACAAAAAAGAUUCCUAAGGGGGACAAAGAAGCAACUUUUGUAGUCUAAAUCUAAAUUUCACGAAAAUGCUGGAUUAGUUAGCAAAGCCAGAUCAUGUGAUGUGAAUAGCGGCGAGUGAAGAUGAGAGGAAACGAUGGAGACGGAAAGAGAGAGAUGCAACAAGGGUCCCCAGACAGAUUUGAACCAGGGCCCUUACCGUUCAUGGUCAGUGUCUUAACUUAAUUUUUGGUACUUGGCAACAUUGUUUAUAGAAAUACAUUUUCCAGGGGUCCAUAAGGACUUGACUUUCUGACGCAACACUCUAUCCCAAGAGUCUCUUUUUGAUCAGUUAUUUACCCGUAUAGAGACACUUAAAAAGAAUCAAUCUUAAGUUGCCAUAGACCAGGGGUGUCAAACAUACGGCCCGAGGGGCCAGAACCGGCCCACCAAAGGGUCCAAUCUGUCAAGCGUAUAGGCUACUGUUCAUCAGGAAACGUUGUUGGAAAAUUGAAAGUGGACACAGAGUGUCAGGUUCUCCAAGAGAAAUGGACCAAUUCCUGUUUCUUCACAGAGGUAAAUGAGUGCUUGGUGUGUUCACAGCACCUUUCAGUGCUGAAGGAAUAUAAUAUUCAGAGCCACUAUCAGAACCAUUAUGACAACAACAAAAAAAAUGCAAGAGCUUGCGAGGACAACUGAGAACAGAGAAGAUAAAUUAAUUAUUGUCUGUUUUUUUGUCAUAUCCGAGAGAUCAGCCAGACAUCUCUGGCUGUUCGUCAUCGGUUUUGUGAAUGGAUUGUUCAUUGACUGUGAACGUUUUCAGAAUGUAAUUUAUACUUCUUUACACUAAAAGAAAGGGAACAAUUUGGAAGUGUUGUUAUUUAUAGGUUAUCAUGCAAUUGUUUCACUGGUCCGGCCCACUUGAGAUGAAAUUGGGCUGUAUGUGUUCCAUGAACGAAAUGAUUUUGACACCCCUGUUAUAGAUCUGAAAGUAUGAAGUUGGUCCAAUUUUUAAGUUCCAUUUUUAACACAUUAUGUUACAUUCGUUUUCAAAUCAAGUAUGUUAAGUCUUUGGAAAAUAGGGGGAACACGGCGAUCUGGAACUCAGUCGACGAAACAAAGGCGGCCUCAAAGAUGAGGUGUAUGAAUAUCGUGCUGGGGUCCUUUGACUCAGAGGACAGUGAGAUGGUUUAAACGGAUCUUAAGUUGGUAAUGAAAUAUAAGUGCUCCUAUGAAUGCCCUUCACUGAACGAGGAACAGAAUGUUACUGUGUCUUGUGUCUGAGGCGCACCAGCUUUUAUGACCAUGAUGAUGUAUUUUCUUUGGUCUCAUCUUUGUUGACAAGUCGUCUAUGUCUUAUUAUUUCUCAAUCAGUUACACAUUGAUGUUGAUUAAAUCAAAGUAAGGUGACCCGCAGAAGUUCUACUUCUGAUACACGUGUUCUUUUCUGUGCAUCACUUGAAGACGAAAGAGAAGAACCGACCGAAGGUUUCUCACCGACAGCAGCUGGUUAUAGUCCACGUUUUGAGUCUGAACACAGUGCCCAGUUGCAUAAAAUGCUUCUCUUUAGAAGGUAAAAUGUUUCUUUACCUGACCAUUGCAAUUAUAAGUGGUGCAAGAAAGAAUCUCCAAUAGCUGUGGUCAAAUACUGAGGAUGUGUUGAACUAGUAGUGCAUUUUAUUUACGUUAUUUUAGGCUAUUUUGAGCAUCUGAAUGUUUAGAAGUUUAAAUUGUAAUGCCAUCAAAAAUUCCCACAGUGGAAUGAAAAAUAUAAUUUUAUCAGAGCGGAAU